CCGUUUUAUUGCAUUGCACAUGUACAAGGGAUAAAUGGAUAAACAUGGAGAGAGAUUUGCGUGGAAUUAUAUCCAAUAUGCUUUUAAUGCGAAAUAUUUAAAUGGUACUUAGUAGUUAAUAGUGACACUGAAUUUAAUAAAGUUCCCUUGUAAGAAUUUUUAAUAUAAAAAUAUUAGAAGAUCAAAGGAGUAGGAACACUGUAUUUCUUUCCUUCAAAGCAUCUCCAUGAUUGUCUAACAGAGGCUUGACAAAAGGAAUGUUCCACAAUGAAAAAGUGACAUUUGAAUCUUCUCCACAUGUACUUCAAUUUGUAAAAGGGAACAUCUUGGUCCUGUUGCCAUAAAUAUAAGUAAUACAGGAGAACUCUUUCUCCUUAUCUGGAAGUAUGGUAAAGUGAAUUUUUUUCUAGCUACACUUACCUUGGUAUCUGGAUGAUGAAGACAAAUGAUGCAUUAGCGCUUUCGACAUGAGAUUCUUAUCGAGCGAUGGUGUUUAAGGAAGUAAACAUCUGAUUUCUUGUAGAGUUUGUUGAAAAGCUGUAUGCAGAGUGAAAAUAAAUCAUUCGGAUAUCUCUGCUACAAAAGAGUAGUUGCUGCGGUUGCAAAAAAUUUCAGUUGAUAAGUGAAGGUUCUUCUGAUGUGUUUUAUUGCUGCUACAAUUAUAUCCUUCUGCUGCUUAUUCAGGAUUAAAAGAAAUGGAUGAUAAGGUAUCAAGCUGGUAAAGUGGGGUCCAUAUGAGGGUGAACUGCAACUGUUAAAUUAAAAGACAGCUCCAACAUUCUCUCUGUUCCUGAUGUCUUCUGCUGAAUUAAGGUCUCGCCACAGUUCUAGAAAUGCAAAAAGAGAGUCACGGGAUCCUUCAGGCUGCAAGGAAUUUAAACUUCAUGAAUGUGAGAAAGAUAAUUCACAUGAACUUUUAAGCACGGUAGAGCCUGAGCUCAAAGUCUAUAGCUCAGAGAGUGUUGAUAUUCUGAAAUUAUGCGGGGAAAACCAAUUGAUCGAGGAGUUCUAUUCUCAAACAUAUUGUGAUGAUGUUGCAAAGCUAGACCACCAGCUCAAAGGCUACAAUUCCUCUGCAUAUAGUUACAAAGAUACACCAUCACUCAUGCUCGAAAAUGUGGUAGGUGAUGGUUCACAGAAAACACCAGUAAAGACGGAUGCCGCAGGAUUUAUGGACUUUGAAUAUUACAGCCCCCUUGAACCUGGAGACACCAAAAAAGCUUGUUCUAAACUGGACUCUGAAUGGAUUGGAGUAGAGAAGGCGGAACCAUGGUGGCGUGCAGCUGAUAAGGAGUUAGCUGCCUCAGGUUCUCCCAGGUCAUCUGGACGUAUUGCGAAUUCCGAUCUUUCAUGGCGUCAGUGUUUGGAAAGUGAGUCAUAUAAUUGUUCUCAGUGGUCUAACCAGGUUAGUAUGACAGAGGUGGAGUCUCUGGUUACUCCUUAUUGUUAUCCAGGACAACAUCCUUCACAAAGCCAACAGAAGAUACUGCGUGUUAGCAAAGGGUGCUCGAGACGUGGUUUAGGGCAGCUAGUAAGUGGUGAUGACAAUUUAAGUACUGCCAACAUCCUCUCAGCAGAAACCCAACCAGGAUCAAGCGAUCUCAGCAAAGGACAGCUGUUAGAAGCACUGUGUCAUUCUCAAACCCGUGCAAGAGAGGCCGAACAACUGGCACAGCAAGCCUACAAUGAGAAGGAACACGUGAUCAAGCUAUUCUUCAGACAGGCUUCUCACCUCUUUGCUUACCGGCAGUGGCUUCAAAUUUUGCAGCUUGAAGCUCUUGUUCUCCAGCUCAGGAAUAAAGAUGAGCAAAAUUCCGUCAACUAUUCGCCUUUCUUUCCCGUUAUCCUAAACAAAGGCAGGAAACUGAAGAAGUGUAGAUAUAAUAAGCCUAUUAAGAGGAAGCCAGGAAAGGGAAAAGGCAAGAUAAACAAGUCUGCUAUAGCUUUUGCCUUGGGUUUGAGUCUUGCUGGUGCUGGUUUGCUACUUGGUUGGACCAUGGGAUUGCUAUUUCCUGCUUUCUAAACUAUCUCUGGUUUACUAUAUGACAUUCAUCACAUCUUCUCUCUAUUCACACGUGUUGCUAAAUUUAGCAUAUGUAUGUUCCAAUGUGUUUUCCAAUCAGAUUAUUCUAGUAGGUAGGAUUGCCCAUUCUGUAAAUAUAUGACUACUACGCCUUAAUCCCAAACGCAUUCUCUGUAAAUAUAGUUGAGCUACACUAUAGUAUAUAUGUUGUGUGUGUUUUCCUA